UUCUCCCCGCACCCCCAGUCCUCCGCCUUCCUCCCAGCUGCGGCUGAUCCCCGGUCAGAGUCUCCCUCUGGCGGCUUCUGGGUCCCCGCUCCCCCCACCCCGCUGCAGUCAGGGCUGGGACUCCGCACUGACAGUCACCCCGAUCUCGUCCUGCAGCUCUCAGACUGCGCCGCUGCUGCCGCUCCUGCUGCAGCCUUCAUCGGCGACCCUCCCUCCCUACUGCCACUCCUAUUCCCAUGCCUGGCCCCAGCCAUCACCUCCUGCCUCUUGAGCUCUUACCUCCCUCAGCCUCAGCCCCAUUCCCAUCCCCCAGCCGCAGCAGCCUCCCGGUACUCCUCCGCCAUCACCCCAGCUUUCUGCAUCUCCUGCUCCCUUAGCUUUCGAUCCCCACUUCUGCCUCCGCUACCCCGCCCCCGCCUCCUGCAGUUCCUGUCUUCCCAUCCCACCCACUCCUUUAGCCUCCCUCAGUCCCUACCUUCCUUUCCCCUUCACCUUACCCCCAGCCUCCCUCUUCUCCUAGGCCCCCAGUCACCACCCCACUUCCCACUCCCAUGUACCCUUCUGCCCUCAAUAUAUCCCCAACCAAUUUUCUCCCCUAGUCCACUCCGCCAUAUCUCAUCUCGGUAGGGUCCCCAGCUUUCCACCUCCCUAACUGGAGCUGGGACCCAAGCCGAGGAGUCAGGGGACGCUGGACAGAGGGACAGACCGCCAGGCUCGGAUACGACACUGGCGCGGAGGGCGGGGUUAGGGAGCAGCAGCAGCAGCGACUAGAGGAACAGCAGCAGGUGCCGAGCUCAGGAGGAGGGGGAAAGGAGGAGGCUCCGAGCUGGAAGGGGCGGGAGCCGAGCUGGGGUGGUGGUUGGAGAAACGAAGGAGGAAGAGGUUGGGAGUCCCCAGACCCUGUGGAGAGAGGCACGGGACGCGGUCGGAGGGCUUCCGGUGAAGGAGGCUGGGACCGGUGGGAAGGGGAGAGGGGUAAAGAGAGAGUGAAGGUUGGAGGAGGUCGGGCGCGAUCUGUGAGAUGGGGAGAGUGGCCAGGGUCAGUAGGGAAGGGGAUAGGUUCAGCGGCUGAGGCCGCGGGGAUUGAUAUGAACCAAUGGAGACGCGCCGGGGAUGGCUGAGGCAGGAGCAGUAUGCGGGAGUGACCUCAUGGCAGUCACAUCCUGAAGUGGGGGAGUGAGCCCGGGCCCCUAGGAACCUGAGCUGGGGCGGGUGGGCGAUCGCCUCUUGGACCACGUGACUAAUUUCCAACUCUGACUUAGGGUGGAAGGGGUGACGGGAGCAGCUGGGGAUUGAGAGGGGAGGCAGGGCCGGGCUGACUGGACCGCCCCUCCCCAUGGGGGAAGGUUAGGGAGGGGAAGGUCUAAGCCAUGUUGUCCCGCAAGGGGAUCAUCCCCGAGGAGUAUGUCCUGACUCGGCUGGCAGAGGACCCCGCAGAACCCAGGUACCAUGCCCGCGAGAGGAGAGCCCGCUUUGUGGCCAAGAAUGGCAACUGCAACGUAGCCCACAAGAACAUUCGGGAGCAGGGCCGCUUCCUCCAGGAUGUCUUCACCACCCUGGUGGACCUCAAAUGGCACCACACGUUGCUCAUCUUCACCAUGUCCUUCUGCAGCUGGCUCCUCUUUGCCAUGGCCUGGUGGCUCAUUGCUUUCGCCCACGGCGACCUGGACCAUAGCACCCGAACUGGGGCUGGGGAGAAUGACGCCUCCUUCAUCCCGUGCGUCACCAGCAUCCACUCCUUCGCCUCCGCCUUCCUUUUCUCCAUCGAGGUGCAGGUGACCAUUGGCUUCGGGGGCCGCAUGGUGACCGAGGAGUGUCCCCUGGCCGUCCUGGUGCUGAUCGUGCAGAACAUCGUGGGGCUCAUGGUCAACGCCAUCAUGUUGGGCUGCAUCUUCAUGAAGACGGCCCAAGCUCAUCGGCGGGCCGAGACGCUCAUCUUCAGCAAGCACGCGGUCAUCGCCAUGCGCCACGGCCGCCUCUGCUUCAUGCUGCGCGUGGGGGACCUGCGGAAAAGCAUGAUCAUCAGCGCCACCAUCCGCAUGCAGGUGGUCCGGAAGACCACGAGCCCCGAAGGCGAGAUCGUGCCCUUGCACCAGGUGGACAUCCCGAUGGAGAACGGGGUGGGGGGAAACAACAUCUUUCUGGUGGCUCCCCUGAUCAUCUACCACAUCAUUGAUGCCAACAGUCCCCUGUAUGACCUUGCCCCGAGUGACUUGCAUCAUCAUCAGGACCUGGAGGUCAUUGUGAUAUUGGAAGGCGUUGUGGAAACCACGGGCAUCACCACGCAGGCUCGAACCUCCUACCUUGCGGAUGAGAUCCUCUGGGGCCAGCGAUUCGUUCCCAUCGUGGCCGAGGAGGACGGCCGCUACUCGGUGGACUACUCUAAGUUUGGCAACACCGUCAAGGUGCCCACGCCGGCCUGCACUGCCCGCCAGCUGGAGGAGGACCGGACGCUCCUGGACUCCCUCCCUCUCGCCUCUCCCAAAGGGCCCCUGCGCAAGAGGAGCGUGGCUUCGGCCAAGCCCAGACCCAAGCCCAAGUUUAGCAUCUCCCUGGAUGCCUUGAACUGAGUCCCGCCUUCGCUGCACGGGCCAGCUCCAACACCCCAAGCUUUCCUCCCUCCCCACACUUCCAUCUUUGACUCCUUAUGGCAGAGACCUGCUCCAUCCCCGCUGCAUGAGGAGGUGGGGAACGGCCUUUGGUCCGGCAGGGCCUUCUGUUUAUUUACUGAGCUGCUAGGAGCUGGCAGGGAUUUCAAGGCUUCAGUGUCUCCUGACUAUUGCCCAGGGGUGUUAUGGGGUAUUUAUCACUGAGCUAUUUAUGGGCUCACCGGGUCUCAGCUGCAUUCAGCUAUUUUUGUUUCUGCUCUUCCCAGCACCAACACAGGACUGGCUAAGGCUCCCUCCGAGGCAAAGGAGACCUAGAGGGCUUGGGGGAAGGGAGACUUGGGACAAACGCCUAGUCUGGGAGUCCGGGCAGAGUGAGAGCUAACCUGUGAGCCAGCAGCCAGCCCAGGCCUGAGGCAGGUGGGUGAAGCAGCCAGUAUAUUACCUUCUCUGUCCCUCUCAAUAUCUCUUCCCAGCAGCAUCACCACCCACUAAGAUUGCAUAGCCUUUCUUUCUUUGUCCCCUCAAUUUCUCCCUACUUCUGGGGAAAGAAGGGCCUUGAGCCAACCACAGAAUGGAAAUCUAUGUCAGAGUCAGGGUGGAGGAAGCCAAACAAGAAAGGGAAGGAUGAAAAUCUCCUGAUAGAGGCCAGGGCCAGACAGUCGUAGCUUCCUCCAACAAUACUCCCUCUAAUAAAACCUGCUGAUGGUACUUGGCUCUGGGAAAAAUAGACCAACUUUGGGAGAAAGGCUCCAGGGCUUUUGAGGACAAGAAAAGUUUGUCACUGCAUUGUCAGACUAGCACAGAAUGGACCCUGGAUGUGAGGCAGAGGGGGAGCACAUGGGAAAACAUUCUCCUCAGACACAGUGGCAAUGGGUGCUGGGUGCUAUAGGAGAAGGGAGUAUUUGCUGGCUUGGGAACAGAGGUGGGGAGGGUAAUUCAAUAGGCUUUUGAUGGCUCAGGAUAAGCACCAGUCUUGGAGUUGAAGUCUGAACCAGAGAAAUCUUUAGUCUGGAUGCUGUUACCAUGAACAGAGAAUGUGUUGAAUAAGGAGCAGACUGUACUUUGUGUGCUUUCCCAGAGCCAUGCCAUCUCUGGUCUGUAAAUAAAACCUCCUCCUCCUCUAUCCUUAA